AUGGGGAGAGGCAAGAUUGUGAUUCGGAGGAUUGACAACUCCACCAGUAGGCAAGUGACGUUUUCGAAGCGAAGGAAUGGGUUGCUUAAGAAGGCUAAGGAGCUAUCAAUCCUUUGUGAUGCUGAGGUUGGACUGAUCAUCUUCUCCAGCACCGGCAGGCUUUACGAUUAUGCUAGCACUAGCUAA